AGGAUAUAUAAAGUAUCACUGCUUGUCCUUAUGAAUUAUAGUAUAUACCUAGAUGACUGGAUCACACCAAAACAUGCGUCACACACCGGUUUGACUUGAUCGCAGUCCUAGCUGAUAAAUAGCCUCUUUGGAACUGAUCCGAUAUCCAUACUUGUACUUGAACCAUGAGGGUAAUCAACUUUGCCCUUGCCGUGUCGCUCGUUCGCGCAACUCCGUUACAUUCCAUUGUCCGGCGAGACCCAUGCGAUGGUGUCAAUGGCUCACCAAUCCUCUACCAUGAGUACCGCGAAGACGCUUGCCCGGCCCCGUACAAAUUCGACAGCAAUAUCCCAGGGCAGUGCGAGAAGGCUAAUGAUUGGAGAUCAGGCUGCUCAACCUUUUGUCAAGUUCGGACCACGUUCGUCUACGGGCAAGAGUCACCUUUCGUUGGGACUUAUUGCCAUGGCCCGUUCACAUGUUCCAUAACCAGCACUCUUACGACAAAUAUUACUUAUAUGGGGAGCCUCAACCCUUCUUUUGAUCUCGCGGGUGCGCUCAAGGUGGGAGUAUCAGCAGGUUAUAGCCAAAAUCAGGUUAGCGCAAUAGCUCGCGCUUUUUCCGUUACGCUGGACCCAGGUCAAUGCGGUUAUUUCACGUAUGUUCCGGUCAAAAAGACUUUCUGUGGUUCAUAUUCCCAUGGACAGCUGCUUCAGCUCGGGCAUGCUUUAAAUUAUUGCGUAAACGUUGUUACAGAGGGCAAUGUCUGUGAUGAAGUUACGUGGACCAUCAAUGGACAAGCAGAUGGCGAGACGAUCUUCGUCAAAACGGACUGCACCACGAGAGAGCCUCUACCCCUGGACCAGCAAGACCCAAUAUAUCAACAACCCGGGGUCCCCCUUGACCGCGGCCUGGUUGCCAGUAUCCUCAAUACUUGGGUCCAAGACACGUGCAAGGUAGACUAUCAGUUUUUCGACGACUAUUUCGAAGUGACGGGGACCAAUUGGUCUGCUGACCUCCUUGGGCCCAAUGGGGAGAACAUAAAGAACGCGAUCCGUCACUGUGGGGCGCUUACUAGUUGGAAGUUCGAAGUGACAUCGGACACUAUGUGGUUUGCGUCUGGCAAACUCCCAAUUGGUGUAAAGAGCUGUGUUGGAACCCAGAUACAGAAUGCUGGAGGUAGCUCAGCUGGGAGUUGCAAGGGAGCAGGCUAACCCAUAUUACUGUUUUUCUUCAAGCAGCAAUGGGCGUAUCACUUCAGUCAGCGAUGCUUCCGAGACAAUAACAAGUCAACAUCAAGAUACAGCUGCGCAGUACUGUGACAGAGUGUCAGGGACAAUGUAGCAUUAAGAUAGAAGUUACCCCAGAGGGAUGGAGAUAGCUUGGUAGUCAGAUAUAUAAGAGGGCGAGAAGCGCCCUUGAGUGUUAGGAAAACUAGGAAUCGAUAUUAUUAAACCCUUA